CAAACGAUUAUGAAAAUGGACGUGCAGGAAGAUUCCUGCGGUAUCAAGAUCAAGGAAGAGGCCAAGGAGUGCUUGUCGCCGACCAGUACCACUCACGCGCCGUCUGUUACGGGGGCGAAUAACGCCCCCAAUGUCAACACCAUAAUCAGCUACACACCGGCCUCAAAACUCACACCGACGACCAACAACAACCCGGAACCUUCCCCGGUCAACCUGAACCUCAAACCAAGGAGCAAAGGUGGCAGCCAACCGUCAAAGGAACGAGUUUUGGAGGAAGCUCCAGUUUCCGCAACGACAGAAGCAAGAGCAAUAUCACCGGGUUCGCAAAGGACGUCGACGCAGUCUUCGAGCAUCACAAGAUCGUCAGGGGCCCACGAUGCGUGCAGAACCGGAGGUUCCAGGUCACCAGAAAGCGACAGUCCUCUGCCGCAGACGACGAAGCUGGAGAACGGAGAGUCCAUAGUCGGCAGGCUUUUAACCGUGAACGUCGUCCACGAGGAAGUGUCUCCAGGUGCGGUCAGCAAUGGCAUCGGUCCAUCCGGGGGUUCCGUGUCGCGUGUACCGCACGCCAAGCUCAAAAGACUUCUGGGGACGCUGGUACAGUUUGCGAGCGACAUUUCACCGGAAACCGGAGAUACAGUGCGUAGUCUGGUUCUCAGCGUUCUGAGCGGAUCCAUGACUGCUGAAGAAUUUCACGGGGCACUUCAGGACGCCACGAAUUUUCCCCUCAGAGGAUUCGUCCUUCCUUACCUGAAGCAUACUCUGCCGUCGCUUCAGAGGGACCUGACUAAUGCCGCUAGAGCCAACAAUCAGACGUCUGUGCAGUACCUGCGCUCAAACGAGGCAGCGGUUCUGGAGGCGGCAGGUUUCAGUCCUGGAGAGGCUGGAGAAGUCUUCGGAGAACGAAAUAGCGCCGGUUCAGGUUGCCACUUUCCUCCGUACAACAUCGCCUCGACGGGUGCCGCAAAUUCCAGCAACCCCAACAACUCCGGGGGCAGCACGGGUGCUGGACAAGCUCCCGGACUCCAUGGAGGUAAUCAACACUCUGGUGCAACGAGCAUUCAUCAUUAUCCUGGUCCGCCGCCACCGCCAUCAUCGCAUUCCUUGAAACGUCGAGCAUCCGACACACCGUACUACGAAAACGGAGCAGGACCUCUAUUCGACGACGGUCCUCUUUACGGUAAACGGUCAAUGAACCCGUGGUCCAGCCACCAUCCACUCCACCAUCAACGACAGCAGCAACAGCAGCAGCAACAGCAGGCAGACGCUUACUGCUGGUACCAUCCUCUUCAGAUCCCGGGUAACAGCGGAGGCUCGCUGCAGGGUCAUCAGCAGUCCUCGAUGCCGCCUUCACUCGUGCAAAUAAAUCAUCUUGCAGCAUCGUCGACUAUCUCAUCAGCGCCUCACCUAGUUCAUCAACAGCAGUGGGCCGUCAGCGGUAAUUCCCAGGGAGUUUCCGGUCUGCCGAACGGAUCCUGCCCCGCUGCAUCAGCCGCCCUUGACGACGAGUGGAAGAACAUCCACGUUAUGCUGAACUGCAUCCUCGGCAUGGUCGAGAAGACUAAACGAGCCUUGGCCAUCCUCCAGCGACGGGGAUGUCCUAGUCCAGCGACACCGGUGACGACGGUGACCACUUCCGGUAGCAAUUCGCAGAACAACGGACCGGCGAUAAACACCGGCUCGCAGUCGGAAUCUGGUGGAAACGACCGGGACAACAGUUUGAAACGCAUAUCAGGGGAGAUCGUCGCCCAAACUAUUCGAGCUACGGAGGACAGAGUAGCGGAAGUCCAACGGAGAGCUGUUUUUAUGCGGCACUCUGUGCCAAUUCGACCGAUGCAGUCUCUGACUGACCUCGAACGUCUUCAACCAAAGGUCGCGUCAAUUCCAAGCAUUAAUUUUACUCGUGCAGAGGAGGCGAUGCUCGAGGCUAAGCGAGCGGCUGUUGCCGAGGUUCAGCGCGCGAUUGCGGCCGCUGCUGCGGAGACGAGGGCGGCCGAGCGUCUUCGGGUCCAUCAUCGCUUCUUCGAGCCACCGAUGCAAAGGAGCCACGGAGCUCACGGUCACGGUCACGGAAUGGCACACGGACCGCUUCUCCGGGUUGUCGACACGACAACCUGCUCGACGACGACUGCGACGACAACCGCGACCACGACGACAGCGAGCAAUGCAAUAACCGGGGGAGCCAGAGACGAGGAGAUUAAGGAACCGCAGCCAACAGUCGCCGGAUCCAGUUGCUGGAACUGCGGCAGACAGGCGUUGGAGACCUGCGGUGGAUGCGGCAUCGCCAGGUACUGCGGACCUUUCUGUCAGCACCGGGACUGGGAGGCCGGAGGUCAUCAUGCAACCUGCAAUCCGCGACGGCCAACGCCACCACCUCCACCUCCUCUGCCCCCACCACCGUCAUCAAGAUCCGCUUCCCGGAGUCCGACGGCGUCGUCCGGUGGCACGGGAACAGUUGUGGGUACUUCCGGGUCUUCGACAACGGCUGCCGCCAAUACAGCGUCUGGUCAUCCAGGCAAGGGGAAAUGACGCAAUAACAGAAAAUAUGCCACUUUGUUACGUAGCGCUCGCAGAAAUUCGACG